AGCAAAAGCAUACCUAUCAUGUACAGGUAAUACCAGACUUUAUUCAACACGCGCGCACAUCUGCAUUCCGGAAUCCGCACAAAUCCAUCCCAUCAUCACGUCCGCCGUCGGAUAUACACACAGCUCGCUCGUUGGAGUGGUUUGACCCAAUGGACGGGAACGCUUCACAAAGGCCAGGCUCUGUCAUGUCGGGCCUUAGCUCCCUUUCCGACGACACGGACGAGUUCGGGCGCAUGCUCAUCCAGCAAGCGCGAGAUGAGCAACACAAGCAGGGCGCGCUGCGCGGAAGCGUCCAGCCCUUUCGCAAGGCGAGAACGCACCCGCGCGUAGGAUUGACACUUGAGAAUCUUGAACGAAACAAUCGGCAGCAGCCAUCGCCCGCGCGACAACAACGCGACAGUCCAGAGAGCUUCAACGGCAGCGACAGGUCAGAUCCACCAGUGCGACCACCAAGGCAAUGGGGGAGCAAGGCGCGGCAUGACAACAGCUGGUUGCGGAGGAUCAACGCGGCGGACCCAAUGCAAGAACAGUCGGGGGAAGAGUCGGAUGCAUCAUAUCAGCAAAGAGUCGCGGUUGGUGAAAGGACACCUCGGGCUGCAGACGUGCCAUUGCCGUCUGUCGAAGAUAGUCCGGCGAUUUUGCGCAAGCUUGUGGAAGGGACGCCGUCUUCUACAAAGAGAUACGAUGCGUCUCUGCAAGAGUGGGAUUUGUCAGACGACCUUACCUCGGGCUCAUUUCUAGCUUCUACACCUGCGAUGCCAAGGAAUACGCGACUUGACGAUAUAAGGCAACGAGAGCGGGAAAGCAUGAAUCAGAAUGUUGUGGAGACAAACGGACAAGGCCGGAGUCGCGGGACGUCACCAGAAGGAUCACCGACAAGACCAUCAAGCGCAUACAAAUACAAUCAGACCAAGGCGGAUGGGUCAGGUUUACGCGAACGCCCGGAAUCUGAAGUCAACCUGCCAACACGACUGGACAGGUUAAGGAGCAAAAGAGUUAUGAAUGCUCCAGUUGCUGCAGAUACUGGGGAGACAAUCCCAGGAUCACCAGUCGUUGUCUAUAGGAGCCCUCCAGGGAAGGGGGAAGGUGAUCGGGGCCAGACCAGCCCUCCGAAAAGGUUCGGUAGCAGAUCAAAUGAUUCGCAUGAUCUACUUCGGCGACUAGCCCGGGCUACCAGCAACAGUCCCAGUCCCAGCAGGAGUCCGGAAGACAAACCCGUAAUCCGUAGGGAUUCGGGUGUUCGGAAGAGCUCGCCUCUGGCAGAGGAACAGGGAAACGAACCUUCGCAGAAGAAAGGCCGCAGGAACUCAAGGCUGGCACCAGGAGAGACAGCAACAACAUCCGCACAGGGGAUACUUACACCACCACCUGACGCAGAUAACGGCGCGGUAGAACUCGAUCCCUCAAAAGCAUCAAAAACUAGGGAUGUAAACGCGAACAAUAGCGCUCCUAAAUCUUCUGGGGCCGCUGCGGACACGCGGGCUAGCCAGACACAUCGUGAUGAACUUCCCCCACCAACUAAAACCCCAGUCGUGGCUGGUGCUUGGCCCGACACGCCUGCGACCGAAGCUCCUCGUUCAACAAGUGGCUCUAGAAGGGGGUCAGAAAUUUCAGCCCGUUCAAGUUCUACAUCUAGAUCUAGACCCGCGCCCCGAACCAGCGCCUCUGAGUCCGGCUCGUCCAAGCAGGAAGCCAAAAAGUCAACGAUUUCACAGAAUGAGUCCAAGGGAAAGGGUAAGGCGCCAUCAUUACCGAAAUCAGCCCUCUCUGCAGUCGUCAAAAACGCCAGGUCGCAACGAAAAGGAGGGCAAGCAGAUGACGCAUACGGCGAUUCCACGAUCGACUCGCUUGCAGACAUGGUUUCAUCACCAACAGAAAACACAACCGAGCUCGAGAUCGAUGAGGAUACUCUCGAGGUGCUCGAGGCCCCUGGAGGCAGACCAAAAACCCUGACCGAUCGGGAAAAGCAACAAGAAUCACUCCAGCUCCAGAACAUGAAUGUGCUGCUGCGGGGUGUUCGUAGCAGCGUAAAGGAUGCUAAUCGUAACAUGCGGCGUCUGGAGCAACAAGUUGAUACGACAGAGCGGAGACCAUCUGUAGCGGAAGAACCGAGAGGUUUGCACCAAAACUGCCCAUGCGCCACCGGUCAGCCGUCAAUGUCACCCCCGCGCUGGUUCUGGGAAUGGAUCAAGGGACUGUACUACGACAAAAAGGGGAAGGGAAAUUUUACAAAAUUGACUUGGUUUGGGGUUAUUUCUUUGUUGCUGUGGUCAUGGUUUUGGACCGAAACAGCGUUAUGCAACGUCUAUUGCAAUAAGGUUUACGCCCACAGGAUGGAAGGCUAUGGGGUCGAUCCCAACGCGCCGGAGCCGCCUUAUGUUACAUUGACCGUGCUAUCUUGGAUACCCCCUUUCAAUUGGCUGAAGCCAUUUGUUCUGACAUUUUUAUCAUUCUUAUCUUGGACUUUAAAAGGCGUCUAUCACGCGGUUUUUACUGCGUUCCGGGACUCGGAGGGGGCCCGAAGGACAGUCGUCAGGACGGCUACAGAAUACACCAGGAGAGCAGUGCAGCCGACAAUGGAUCCGGAAUGGGUAUACAGGAUGUCGGACGAUGCGGCAGUGUAAAUGUUCCGCAGCGCCGUUGGAAAUAUUGGAAAGCGUACCUAGAUUUUGGACAGGG